UGUUUAAAUAAGCCAGUAAACACAGGACACAAGUUACCAUAGAUGAGUUGUUGUUACGAUGACGUUUAUCUGUGUCGCACUUUCAUCAGUCGAUGUAACUUUGCAGUGUAACACAGGCUGCUGCAGGAGAGAGCAGCGGUUACACGUUUUAUCGUAGAUUAAUGGGUUUUCAAAGAUAAAAACAUUGACAUACGGGUGAUUUAUCGGCCUAACAAUCCCCGGCUUUGAGUACGAGCUUUCACGGAUUGCAGUGCCGUCCAUUGUGGUCAGGCUGGACAUUUCUCUGGUUGCAAACUAAGACAUUUGUUAGGAUGUAGAUCAGUGCAAUGAUUAGCGGUCACAGUUGAAAAAUACAUCUUAAGAUUAUAUUUGUUUUGUUACAUGGUAGCUGGUCGUUAUCUGGUCCAAACUGGUAGCCAAUCUUGGACCAGCUACUAGUUAGUUAUAUUAAGAUGGUCAAACUAUUUUGGUGGGCAUCAUAACUGGCCAACCAGCUAGAAACCAGUUUCAAAGCCCCAGUUUGUAUUUUAAUGCUUAAGAUUAGACUGUGUUUACACUUGUUCAUUUGUUAGCACCUUGUGUUGUUGUGAGGUUUAUUUGCUUUGUUUUCACAAGCUUAUAAUAACAAACACUCUUCAGCACUUGGACACAGGACAUUGUCCAGCUCACACCAGAUGGCUCAAAUGAAAAGUUGAUCAUUACAUAACAUUUCCUAUCUUAUUUUCAUGGACGGGCUCUGUAGAUAAAGGAUUGUGGAUUAAGUGUUGGGGACAAUGGCUAUUGUAGCAAUGGGAGACUUGAGAGAGGAGUGAAUACAUUGCAAGUACUGUGCACCUGUGGGAAUUGUAUGUAUAUAUAUAUGUGUGUGUGUGUGUGUGUGUGUGUGUGAGAAAGAGAAAUGCAAUUUGACUAAGGAACCCUGGAAUUCCCCUUUUGGCUGAGAAUGGUUGCCUUUUCCUGCUUUUUAAUUUGGCCCCUAUUGUUAUUGUGAAAACCAUGCGUUGCCACUGGAAACCCAGCAUAAAGCAUAAACCUGUUUUGCGUAGUUACAGUUACGCAGUUUUUACAAGCUUGGACAGCACUGCUGUAACUCUUUGAGGUGUGGUUUAAAUUAAGAAGCCUGGUAUGUCUGGACCCACCUGGCUGCCUCCGAGAACCUUGGGUAGUUCAGAUAGAGCCACAGCAUCAAUGUCACACUCUGGCCCCGCUCUCUACAGACCUCCUAAGAAAGGUCUGCCCGACCAGAGGCCCAAAUAUAACAUGUAUGAACAGAAUGGUGGAACAGGAGGAAACGGGAUGCCUGUAAGAUAUAUGGCAACUGGACCUUCAGGUGGAUCCAUGCAACACCAGCAUCAAGAUGAUCGCUCAGGGUCUGCUACCUAUCAUCCAUUGCCUCCCCAUUUAGGAGACCGAUACUAUGCUUCAGGCCAGGGGCCCAAAGAAGACCACCACAACUGGAACCCCCGCAUGGCCAGCCAUGAACUUCAUAAUCGGGGAUCAGAGAAGCACAUCUCUACUAUUGAUGCAGAGAUAGACUCUCUUACAUGCAUGCUGGCUGACCUGGACAAUCACCCUCAGAGCUCAAGCACACAGUUGUAUGACAAUGUGCCUUACAGCAAGCACCUCCCUACUGACCGCUAUAACUCUUCCAACCAGAUGGGGGCUCCACCGACAAGCAGGCCCUCAAUGGGCUACCCCCCUCCACUCCAAAACCAGUACCACCCCGCCCCACCUUACACCUCUACACCUCAGCCAGACUACAUUUACCCCUCCGCCCCCUCUUCCAUCCACAAACCUUACCCACAACCAGUGCCUGCCUCCUACACCACUGCCUCAACCCCAACUGGUCCUCGCUUUACUGUACAGGUGAAAACGGCUCAGCCCGUCACCUAUUCUCAGAGCGGACGACAGGCAGAGCAAGCUUACACCCCGCCGCCGCCCCGUCAGCAUGCCUCUCGGCCCCCUCAGCAAGAUCGGCCACAUUAUGAGGCACAGGGACAGGGCUGGUACCCACCUCCACCUCCCCCUGCCCAAGAACCUCAUGGAGAUCCAGGUGCCUAUAAGGGAGGAGCAGGAAAUAUGCCAGGAGGAAGAGCCGGCCAGGGAGCACCGGUGAAGAUGAGUCAAGACCAAGUGUCAGCAUAUCAGUCUAACAAGCAGGGGUCAGCACCACGUCCAGAGGAAGAGUUGGAUCGACUCACCAAGAAGUUGGUGUAUGACAUGAAUCAUCCCCCAACUGAGGAAUAUUUUGGUCGAUGUGCUCGGUGUGGGGAUAAUGUUCUGGGAGAUGGCAGUGGCUGUAUUGCCAUGGAGCAGGUGUUUCACGUGGAGUGUUUCACCUGCAUCACCUGUCAUGCCAGACUGAGAGGACAACCUUUCUAUGCAUUAGACAGGAAGAGCUACUGCGAGAGCUGCUACAUAAGCACACUUGAGCGCUGUUCAAAAUGCUCUGAGCCCAUCCUAGACCGGAUCCUGAGGGCGAUGGGAAAGGCUUACCAUCCUCGCUGUUUCACAUGUGUGGUUUGCGGCUGUUGUCUGGAUGGAGUGCCUUUUACUGUGGAUGCCACAUCUCAGAUCCACUGUAUUGAGGACUUCCACAGGAAGUUUGCCCCACGCUGCUCGGUAUGUGGCCAGCCCAUAAUGCCAGAGCCUGGGCAGGAGGAAACAGUGAGGAUCGUUGCACUGGAUCGCAGUUUUCAUGUUAACUGCUACGUAUGUGAGGAGUGUGGUCUUCUCCUCUCUUCAGAGGGCGAGGGAAGAGGCUGCUAUCCCCUGGACGGACACAUACUGUGCAAGAGCUGCAGCGCCCGUCGCAUCCAAGAUCUCUCUGCCAAAAUCUCCACUGACUGCUAAUGUCCCGUCCUGUCUCGCGCGCCCUUUCUCCGCUUCAUGGUUAUUCUUCAGAAUGUACCACUAUCUAAACAUCCACCACCUGAUAUUUCUUCCAUCCUCAACCUUACACACUAAAUAUCCACAUGUCGAUUGCACAAAUAAUAUGAAGACAUCCCUCUCAGGGUAGCAUAGAGCUGUGAACAAAAAAACAAUAGCUCUUGUGCUUAGAGUAGUUUCACUGGAAAGCUGUUUCUUAAAUAAAACAGGAAAAACAGGUGGUGAAUGAAAUGUGAUGGUGUUUGUGUAUAAUCCUCCACGCAUGUAUGUUUAUACAAAAUGUGAGUCUUGUGAACAGGGUGCAUUUCUAACUUUGGAGAAGCAGUCACUGCUCUUAAGAGUUUUUACAAGUUUCCUCAAAUAAUGCCCCAAUUCUGCUGGCAGUUGGGGUCACUUCAUAUCGUCCCCUUUCAGAUGCUCUUUUAUAUCAUCUCUGUUCUCUUAUCCUCUCAAAAACAAAAACAUGAUGUUUUCUCCUGCUACACUCGGCGGAGAUCAAGCGCUCGUUAUUUUAAUACUUGAAAUCAUGAUUGUUGAAGGAUAUUAUUACUGUAUUUCGUUUACUGACUUGAUAUUGAUUUAUUAUCGUUACAUUCAUCGUGAUGCUAAAGACACUUCUGGUAAAAAGGUGGAAAGUUUAACAUGGGCAGCUUUUUUUUUUUCUUCUUUUUUUCCCCCCGCUGCUCUUGUCACUCCGCUUGGUUAAAACUCUAGGUUUAUGCUGAUCUCUUAAGCUGUUAUAAGAAGCGUGGUGUCAGAUAGGAGUAAAGGGUAAAUGUGUGUACCAUUAACACUUCCCUGAAGGAAAUCUCUUGAGAGGUGUGUGUUGAGCUGCAGUCAUGUUGUUGAGUUUUCUGUUCUGCUCAGUGGUUUGGUUUUGGCAGCAGAGUGGAUCAUUUUCGAGGAGUUUGAAUAGUGAGAGAAAUAGUGAGCAAUUAGGGAAAGGAAUCUGCUAGUUUAGAAGAAUGACAAAUGUGACCUGUUAGAAUUAGAACGUUUCUCAUAACAUCAAGGAAGUUUGUUGCAAUUUUGUUACUAAACAUACAGACUAACGGAAGAUAAAUGGACAAGUAUGAAGGUUACAAAAAGGUUAAGUAUGCACUAAAAUGACUUUCACUUCAGAUUCAGAUUAUGCAUCCGACUUUUGUGCAAAGAGAUUGUUACUGACUGGCUUUAUUUUUUUUUACAUCUUUUUUUUUUUUGUAAUUGCUUUAUUUUGUGUCAAAAUGCAUUUUUAUUUGUUUGUUAUUUGAAUAAUGUGCAACAGCAAGCAUUCGUUACUUAAUGCCAUUAUACAAAAAGGUUUCACAUAAGGUGUUGGUUGCUUGAAACAAAAAAAAGUAUUUGCGCUGACAAAUGUUACAAUUGUCUAGAAACUAAACGCAUAAAGUGGUUCAGAUGGUUGCAUGCUUUAUUUAUUGGUUUGUCUGGAAUAUUUUGUAAGAAUGUUCAAACAUAGUGUCCAUCUGAUCAAUUUGCUGCCAAAAAAAACUUUUUCUAAACUCGUCAACAUAGUAGAUGAUCUCUAAUUGAUAAAGUAGCACUGGUACUGCACAGUUUGUUUUAAUGGCUGAUGUACUUUUCAAGCUGCCAGUUUAUUUCAGGGCUUGUUUGGAUGAGUUUGCAUCUUUCCCUCAUAUUGAUUGUAAGGAGACACAAAGAUCUGCUUUAUAAAUCCAUCUGUUUUAUGUCUAUUGAUUUCUAGUUUGUACUGACCGUUGUUUCUGAUUUAUGAUUUAAUGAACUGUGAAAGAAAAGAAAAAAAUAGCCAUAA